UUUAUGUCGCGAGUCGCGGAUCGUCGAUUUAUUUUUAAACGCGAGUAAAGAAACAUGGCGGUUGCCGUGCAGUCCGCACAGAGUUUCUUUGAGAAAAUUUCGAUUUUUCGCCUGUUAAAAGGGUGAUGUGAGGUGAAAAACCGUACAAAAACAUUCGGCUGUUCCCCCGGACUAUAGUUACAACCCCGGACCUUUACCCUAGUUAAUAUUUAGUGCCCUUUUCAGCAGUUUUGUUCCUUUUGGGUGGAAUCCUGUAGCGCCUACCUACCUUUUUUUUUACAAUCUAUAUUUGAAAAUCCAAAAUGGGGGUCGAGGAGGCAGCUUUGAACAACAUCAUGAGCGGUAUCGAGAAUACUGGAGGAGUUAAACAGCACAACCAUAAGAAGAAAUUAAGACAAAGAUUUGAUAUUAUUAAGAAAUUAGGACAAGGAACCUUCGGGAAAGUGCAGCUAGGUAUUAACAAAGAGACUGGACAAGAGGUAGCAAUUAAGACAAUAAAGAAAUCAAAAAUCGAAUCGGACGCGGACCUUAUUAGGAUCAGGAGAGAGAUUCAGAUAAUGUCUUCGGUGCAACAUCCGAACAUCAUUCACAUUUACGAAGUGUUUGAAAAUCGAGAAAAAAUGGUGCUGGUAAUGGAGUAUGCCGCAGGCGGCGAACUUUACGACUACUUAUCCGAACGGAAGGUUUUACAAGAGGAUGAGGCACGUCGGAUAUUCAGACAAAUCGCUACCGCCUGCUAUUACUGUCAUAAACACAAAAUUUGCCAUAGGGAUCUGAAACUGGAAAACAUUCUGUUGGACGAGAAUAAUAAUGCCAAAAUCGCAGACUUCGGUUUAUCAAACGUGUUCGACGACCGCCGAUUGCUCAAUACGUUUUGCGGGUCGCCCCUGUACGCCUCCCCGGAAAUCGUGAAAGGUACCCCGUACCAUGGCCCGGAAGUGGAUUGUUGGUCGCUGGGAGUUUUAUUGUACACGUUAGUUUACGGCGCUAUGCCUUUCGACGGUAGCAACUUUAAAAGACUGGUCAAGCAGAUAUCGCAGGGAGACUAUUACGAGCCGUCGAAACCGAGCCCUGCUUCACCCCUAAUACGCGACAUGCUAACCGUAAACCCAAAAAAGAGAUCGGACAUAGAAAAAAUCUGCUCACACUGGUGGGUCAACGAGACCUACGAGUUAAGCUGCCUGGACAUCAGCGAAGAACUGGCCAACCAAACACCCGUUAGAUUGGACGUUUUACUAUCGCUAGCACCGCCCGCCCCGCAAUUAGAAAGCGAAAAACUGGUCGUGACCGGCGACGUUUCCGACGAAACCAAACCGGAAUCGGCGGUUGCACCGGUACGAUCGCAGAGCGCGGGCAGCUUAAUGGAACUGAGUGCACCCGAGAGGCGGAUUAUCGAUUUUAUUAACGAGGACAAGGUCACGCCCAAGAGGAAACUCGAGAACACCGUCAGUACCGAUCGGGCGAAUAUCGAUAAGAGACGCGAGAAGAUUGUUAAGGAGAACACCGUCGCCGAUAUUAGCGUACAUGAAACGAUCAAAGAGAAGGUUCAAGAGGACGCAAGUAUGUCCGAAGUGACGCCCCUAAACAAAUCUUCAACGCAAACGAUAACGAGGGAGAUGGACAUCGAUCCUUCGAUAGAGGGGGCCGCGUGUCAAGAAAUCAUGGAAGAAGUUAAGGAAAAGGAAAACGCUAAGAAGUCACCAUCAGUUUCGAAAGUGAAGAGGACACAGUCGAGUCUUGGGGGUAAGCUUUUAGAAGGCAUAAAUGAAAUACCUAGUCAAGAAAACCUAGUCGACAAAGAAAACAAGGCUGAAUCUCCAGAAAAUAAAACAGAAGAAGUAAAGUCUCUAGAAGAAAAAACUGCGGUAAAGAAAAAGGUUCCUAAAAAGAAGAUUUUGACUGACAAAAAUGACAACGACAAACCCGUCAAGCUGGAGGAGAUUAUUAAAAAGGACGAGAAAGAAAAGGAAAAACCGGUGGUUAAAGAAAACGGUACUGUAACCCCGGUGCAUGAAAAACCAUGUGCCAAACAAGAGAAGCAAGAGACCCCAACGAAACCGGUGGAAAGGAGAAAAUCGAGAAUAUUCGAGGCGGCUGAAAAGUUCCAAAACUUGAUAAGUCCCACCGAGACCAAACCCGUCCCAGUGGAAAAACCUAAAAAGAUUUUAAUUCCUGACAGCAUGGUUACGCAGCAAGGUGUGUCUGUAGACGGAUUUAAAAAGGAGUUUGAACGGAAAUCGAGCCUAACGUCGACUGCUCCAAUUAAAACGAAAUUAAACGAGGCCCCCAAGAGGACCCUGAUCGACAAACAAAAGUCCGAGGAGGAAAAGAAACCGGAAGAAGCUCCUAAAGUGGCUGAGAGCAGCAAAAAAGUGGACUUAAAGCCUAAAAUUAAUAAAGUUGAAGAACCGGUCAAGGCGGAAUCGGUAAAAGAAGAGAUUCCCAAGGAAGAGAGUCGACAAGAGAGGGUGAAAAACGCAGUGAGUAUAAUUUCGAGCGCUUUAGAUAAAGAGGGAGCGAGAAAAUCGAAAUCUCGGCCCUGCAUUAUGAGAAAACCGCCGGUACCGUUCGGAGUGAGCGGUAGAUCGGCCUCCGGAAACAUCGGCACGAUUGCCCCACUGAGUCCGCCGAUCCAAACCAUGGGCCCCAAACCGUUUGUGCGCACCUGUUGCUUUGAAACUAACAAAUCCGUUGCGCCUGAGGUGAAACAAGUUGAAGAAGAGCCACAACAGCAAGGGCCGGAGGAACAACAACAAACCAGUAGCGCGGAAAUUACGUUGAAGAGCGCAACUUUACCCAGAAGGAAAACAACCAAAGCCCAAAUCCAAAUUAAUUACCCAACACCGAAACCAGCUCAAAUGGAAUUCCACACUGAAUCGGCGCAUAACGUGGAGGCCGCAAGACCGCAAGUACGUAGUGAGGUGGUUGUUCCUGUUAGUGCGGCCACACCGGAUACCAGAAGUAACGACGAUAGAUCUUCCAAGGAAAGGAUCAUUCCGAUAGCGUUCGAUAAUGGUAAGGAAACUACAGUACAAUCACCGCCUGCUAAACCUCCGGUGCCCAGACCGUUCCAGACUCAAAAAUCAAACAUAUCCCUUAGGUCCAACAGUCUUUCAAGGCAAUCUACCCAAGAUUCCGACUCAGAAACCACAUCCGCUAUCGGAGAUCCCAUUAAGAAGUCGGCCAGGGAGUAUAUUAUACCGAUCGCUGUUGAGGGUGGAGGUUAUGUAACGCCCAGGGCGGGCAGCUUAGAACCGAGCGAUACGGCAAGUACAAACAGCACAAUGACCAACAGAAACAAACCCAAAUUUGGACGUGGCAUUAGACGACUAAACUCCCUGCUGAGCGAUCGAGAUUCCGAAGACGAAUCGCCGUUCGCCAAUUUGCACAGGCACAGUUCCUUCGGCAAGGAUAGCGACACGGAAGACUCGAAAAAAGACGGUUUUCGUCAUAUGCAUAGGCUAAGGAGGAUAAGGCCUAAGAAAGCCACCCUGGACCACAACGAUUCGGUCAGUUCGGGCGAGGAGGACGACGACGACGGAUUUGAAAUAUUAACGGCUGAAAGUUUGUUUUCUACGUUGUUGUCUAGGGUAAAAGAUCUGACUCAAAGGUUAAACGUAGAGGAUGGAAUGAGGCCAGGUUUCCCGAGCUCGAGACUUUUGAAUUUCGAUCAUGGCACCAAUUUUUGGAAUAGGAUGGAAAACCCUUUAACCAGGCAUUCGUCAUUAAGUAGAACCUUCGGUCGUCCCUCUGCCUUAUCGACACAAUCGAAGACGAGCCUCAACGGACCCCCGUGGCGUCGUAGCGUAAGCAAAGACCUCGCCUCAGACAUCGAGAGCGUAUUUAACGACCAAAACAGUGGAGGUUCCAUCACCGCUAGGGUACCAAGAGGUGAUGAUCAAACCGAUGACGCAACAAAUAUCAACUUGGAAGAGUUAGAUCUGAAAAAAUUAAACUUGAGCGAGGAGGAUCAGCGCGCGUUAUCCUAUUUAACCCCAGGCCUAUCACGUAGGAUACAAAAGCAACUUUUAGCCCAACUAACCCCUUUGGAAAUCCGGAAAUUAAAACGUACCAUAAGUUCAAAAAGUAGCGAGGAAAUUCAAAGACCUGUGGUGGAGCAACGUAGAUCUGUGGAUAGGAUAAGCUCUACAUUGCCUCGUAGGACUUCUGUUGACAAAGAUGUCGUUGAUUCAAAGCCAUUCAUUAGGAAAUCGAAUAUCCCUUCUUAUGAGUUCAAUGUGAGAUCUUCAAGCAUAGGGGCAGAGCCUAAAGGUAGCUACAAGUUUGGUUAUCCCAGGGGAAAGUCUCGGGUUGGUAACAGCCCGGAAAGCAGCAUAACCGAGAGCUUAUCGAAAACUGAGGAUUCAUCCAGCUCCUAUAGGAAGGACACCGACAGCUACAGCUCAAAAUACACAAGAUAUUCCAGUUCAAACCAGCUGUCACCCACUGAUUUACCUAAAGUGGACAGAAAACCGUCCGGCAGGAGGAUUUCCAGGUUCCUAAGGCCCGACUUUUACGAGCCAAAAGACGAUAACGUUUAUUUAAAAGAGAAAAAGGAACGCGAAAGAGAAACUCAGCAAGUGCUAAAAGAAAUAAGAGAUAAACGAAAAAGCAGGCUGAGAAGCCAAUCUAGAAACAGGGAGGAAGCCAAGGAGGAACCCAAAGAGCCAAAAGUGCAUGACUACGUCAACGUAGAACCAGCCAAAGAAGUAACUGAACCACCGAAUAAACUUUUACACGACUAUGUCAAUGUUAAAGCACCAGAACCGGAACCCCCCGUAAAAAAAGAGAGUAAAAUCUCCCGUUUAGCCAGACCCAAAAGCUACCCUAACGGCAACACUACCGAAAAAAUCCCCGCUCCCACGGAAGCAACUCCUAAAGAAAGUGAUACAAGCAGCGAGCCGAAACCCACCUCAAAAAUAAGCAAACUCAAAAAAGGCUUCGGCAAAAAAGACAAACUAACCAAAGAAGACAAAAACGAGGCCAACAAAACGAUCAACGACGAAGAAAAAGCCCACAAAAACAAACUGUUACAAUCCAUAGAGAAAAAACUGGAAAAAUUCCGGAACAACAAUAUCGCCUUGAAAGAUCCGGAAGAAGCGAAAGCGUUGCUCGAGAAACGUUCGAUGGUGGACAGCGCGAUCCGGAAACUGCGUGAGCAAAGCGUUCCGCGUCACUUAGACUCUUGCACGGAGAGCGGCCUUAUAAAACGGGCCGUAUCCGUCGAGGACUUGGCCGUAGGCUCGAAACCGCUACAAGCGAGCAGAAAAAGCGUCACGAAAAUCCUGGGACUUUUCAAUAAAAAGUACGAGGAGCAGGACAAGAAAAAACCGGCGAAGAAAAGUAAUAAAACGAAAUCGAAAGAGAAACUGGAAACAGAAAACAGCGAGGCGGAUGCCAAAAAAGAGCGUCCCGCCUCGUUGACCUUGGACAAAGUGGCGAAACAACCGUCCGAACAAGCGAUACCGGAAAAGGCCAAGUCGAAGUUACCGGUGAACUCUUUUAGGAAAAGUCUGAACCUAGAACAGGAGCCUCACAAACCAAAACCCCAACUGGAAGAUCCAAAGCCGGACAGGAGCAAUUUGAAACUAGAUUUUAGUCGAAUAUCCACCGCAGAACCUGGUCCAAGCGGAUUAGAAGAUCCCAGUUCGAAUAGACACUCUUUAGCCACCACAGACGACAGUUCGACGAUCCUCUCGCCUACGGACGACUAUCUUUCGUGCGACUCUUGGUCCGCCUGUUCGGAUUUCCAUCAUCUCAGCGAUUUGCAUUCACCUCAGUCGCAUAACGGGCACGUCCUCUAUUCGGGAGAUGAAAACGAGUCGGUCAUAGACAGGAUAAGGAGGAAGAGUUUUUACACGAGGUUCAACGAAAAGAAACGCCCUAGGAAACCUAGUUUUACCGCCGGGACGUACAAGGAUCUAGACCUUUACCCUCGGGAAUACGGGAGAGAGUACUCGAAGCCUGAUUAUAGCUCUUUGGAUAGGUAUCGAAGCCCCAGUUUGACCAGAAGAACGAGCUUCACGUCCUACGUCCCAGAACAAAACAGCGCGAAAAAAGAGUACCGGCCCUACAUCCGGAGCGCAUCAGCCCUAAGCGACUACGUAAACGUCCCAGCGAAUCCGCAGAAUUUCACGCAUUCGUACCAGAACGUGCCCGCAGGCGGUUCGCACCACUCUUACCAAAACUUACCGGGCUCUUACCAGACUUUAAACAGUCGAAUCUCACGGCCCCGGAGCGUUACCAAAUAUUCGGACUCCGAUAAUCAUUUGAGUGAUUUGCUGACCAGUGCAAUACCCAAAAGGCACAGUCCUUUUGUUCAUCGACCAGCAUCGAAUUCAGUAUCGCCAACAGUUGGAGAACAAUUUUUUACCGAUAGAGGAGCUUCUUCGUCUGUUUUACAGUCUCCCACUAGUUCCGAGCCAGUUUAAUUUAAUUUGUUGUUUUCAUUAUUCAUUAGUACAGUGCCAAGAUAUUAAUUUAUUCAGUUCUAAUUUUUUUUUGUGUCCGAGAGGUUUAUUAGGGGGUAGUAAAUAAUACAAAUUAGAAUUUAAGGCGAAAUACGACAUUACGACAAAAACGAACUGCUUUAUGAUUAUUAUAUAUUUUUUAAGUAAUAAUCGGGUGUAAAACCUGUUUUGUUACUAUAUAGCUCAUUUUUGCUCGAUUUUAAUAGUUCUUUUUUACUUUGACUAACACAUUUUGUUAAAAUUGGGCAAACAAUUUGGUGCUUAUCCUUAGUUUUUAAGCCUAUUUAGUGUAUAAAUCAUGAAUCUCAAUCAAUUUCAAGACUAUUCACGUUUAUUUAUUGUUCAUGUUUAUAAGAAAUGUAUUUAGGCCUGUUGCAAUAUAAUCAUGGGUUUUCUAAAACGAACCGUUAAAGAAGACUUAAAACUGACACAUUUUUAGGUCUAUAAGUUCAUAUUUAUCAUUGAUUUUGUUAAAGUUCAUCAAAGAUAUAUAUUUAUUUGUAAUUUAAGGAAUAUAUUGUUGCAAAAUAUUAAUUUAUUAAAAAAAAAUAUGAAAAAGGUUUUUGAGUUUGCUGUGUGAACUUGUUAUGUAGAGUAUGUUAACGUUUGUGAUUUUAUAAAAAGCAAUAAAUUAUAUUAUUAUAAAAGUCAA